AUGGCCCCGGUAGGAGCCGGAGCUGUAGCUCCUCAGAAGAUCUGUUCGAUUUGCAGAAAGGUGCUGUGGUUCGAACUCCAACCGGAAGAUUUGUUGGGAACGCCGCACCAUUCCAGUCGGGAAGCCCUGGAAGCAUCUGCCAAAUCAUGUCGGCUCUGUCACAUGAUUCUGCGCGCCGCAGUAGCAAACUAUCGGGACUCGAGAGGGAGAAGAAAUGGGAAGGGCUACUGGAGAGAGUUCGUUGCCGCCAAGCACCACAGCGGCUCAGGCGUGCGUGAUGUGACUUUUGUCAAGGAUUUAGGAGCCAACAUGCCCGUUAAUACAACAGGUCACAGUAAAGGUGGCGCAAAACCAAUCCUGGCACACACUGGAAACAUUACCGCCGACGGCACGCAUAUAGACGAUGAUGAGCCAAGCCUGGAUGAGCCGACUAUCGACGAGGAUGAGACGGCGGAUUUGCCAGUCUGGCUCUAUGGAAAUUGGUGGUCAGAGAGUGAGCCGAAGGAGUCUAAUAGCACAUCUCAGAUGAGACUCAUGGGAGUCGGUGCUCGCUUCGGCAAGACUCAAAGCCAUUUUGAUGCCUUCAACUGCAAGCCGGAUUGGAUUCACGUGCGGGGAAGUCAGCUGGGAAUAUGUGCAAGCGAUGACAGCUCAUCAUCUACUCACAUUCCAGGUCGCCUGCGUGAGCUAAACUCAGACUCAGCCAUGGCCUUCCAUCGGCUUCAGAAAUGGCUAAAAGACUGUACAACAAAUCACCACUGUUGUGAAAGACCACAACUCAAAACUAAGUUGCCAACGCGUGUCAUAGACGUAUUCUCCUCUGACCGUAAAGUCUCGGUUUUCGAGACUAGCGGCCACAGGGGCAAAUAUGUAACUCUCAGUCACUGUUGGGGAACAUCCUCUAGGCUGACAGCCACUAAAGAGUCCAUUGCAGACUUAAAAGACGGCAUUGCCAUAUCAUUUCUUCCAAAAACCUUUCAAGAUGCGAUCAGAGUCACGAGACGUCUCGGUAUAGAAUAUCUUUGGAUAGAUUGUCUAUGUAUUAUCCAAGAUGACCCGGAUGAUUGGGAGCGAGAAACGUCCGCGAUGAACCAGAUUUACCGGAACUCGUACCUCACAAUAUCAGCAGCUGCGUCCGACGACAGUUACACGGGAUGUUUCCCGAAGCGUGAGACGGAUUCGUAUGUGUCACCAGCUUCCAAAUCGCUUGGCUAUAACAUACCGAGGGAACCAAGGGGGCCGAGGAGCUUUACACUGGAUUGUGAUAGCAUGUCGCGGCCCGGCAAGAAGAAUAAGCUCCACUUGUUCGAGGAAUGGCUGCCAGGUUCCAGCUUCGAUUCGCCACAGAGGAUGGGCGUGGGCACUUUCGGCAAGAGGCUAGACCCUAUCGCCGACGAGCCCCUGAGCAGUCGCGCCUGGACGUUACAGGAACGAUUGCUGUCUCCCCGCAUUGUCCACUAUGCCCGCGAUCAAAUGUAUUUCGAAUGUGAGACGUGCUUGAAAUCCGAGGACGGUUUCAAGUUCGACGACAUCUACUUCGGAAUGAGCCGCCUCCUGGAGACGCAGCGCAUACCGUAUAGUCAGCACGGCCUCCCCCCUUCAUUCGGGGGCUCCCCUAUAAUUGGGCAACAUUCUGGGGCCACAAAUCCUGGGGUUAGGUGGCAAGGAGGGUGGCUGUCUCUCAUCGAAAACUACACGAGGCGUAACAUGACCGUCUCGAAGGAUAAACUCACCGCAAUAGCUGGCGUGGCUAGAGCUUUGGGAGAGGAAACGCAGGACCGGUAUUACGCCGGUCUGUGGGGAAGGCAUUUCAUGGAAGAUUUGUUCUGGAGGACGUACCCUCAGGAGGAGAUGGAAUCUCGACGGGGGACGAAAAGCACGCUCAAGAUGGGAAAGAUGCUAGGUGCCGUCCGUAGACCGGCCGAGUAUCGAGCGCCUAGCUGGUCGUGGGCUUCCCUGGAUGGGCCGAUCAAGUAUAUCCCGUUGUCGUACAACAGGCUGGUGGCGGAGAUCCUUAUGUGCACGACGAUUCCGGCUGGGAAAGACCUGUAUGGAAGAUGUUCGGGCGGGAAGUUGGAUAUCAGGGGGCCCAUAUACGAAGUAAAGCCGCACAGGCCGAAGACCAGGUGGGAUCGGCACGGCAUACCGGUCGAAAUCGACUUCGCAGACGAGCGCGGGAUAUCCGUCGGCGCGCUGCACCUCGACUUCGCCGACGAGCCCAUCUCGUACCCGUGCUACGCCUUCUUCAUCGACCCGUCAAAAGCGCUCAUCGUCAGGGCUAGGGAACUCGAGCCCAGGCGCAACGAGGACGGCACCGACGACCCGACCGCGAUGGUGCCCCGCGCCAUCCUCACGUCCACCAUGGCCAAGGACCUCGUCGCAGAGAACCCGGAGAUGGAGUCUCUGUCGUUCCAGGCGCUCGAUGAUGUGGGACGGGUGGGCGUUGCCGUGUUUGUGAGGGCGAGUAGUGGGAAGAAGGGCGCGGAGGAGAGGGAGAGAGAGCAGCGGAGUAGUACUUUGGGGGAUGAGUGUGCGGGGCUCGUGAGGGAUGAUGAGUUUAAGAUUUUGGUGUCGAUAGUGUAG